CCCUUGAUCUAGUCUGGCUAGUCGAACGAAUCAAAUGCCUGUGUAUUGUCUUCACAGUCAGAGAAGGGGAAUCGCUUCCUCUUUAUCAGACUCUCUGGACUAUAUUCUCAGGUGAGCCGGAAGAAAACAGAAACAAGAGCUGGUAUUUACUGGGAUAUCAGUUCCUGCAGGACCAGGCGCAAUCUUUCUGAUGAUUCAGCAAGAUACUGGGAGUUUCUGGACUCAUUUUCCAAGAGUGUUUCCUGUUUUGCUUCCCCCCCCCCUUUUUAACUGUCUACUGAUUUCCUGCCUUGGACCACAGUUGCAAUGGCAUCACUGAAUGUUAAACUGCAGAGUUGUUUGAAAAACCGUCGCUCGACUAUCAACUGUCUGCCCAAGGGUGUAGAGGACAUCAAAACAUUCCCGUUUUCUCAGGAGAAAGCAGUCAAAGCUUGGACAUCUCUGGAGAAUCUUGACAGUCCGGGCACCAAACCAGCGAGCCCCAAAGGAGAGGAAAGACAGGAAAGGCAACAGGUCAUCAUUGUUAAUGUUGGGGGGAAGGUGUUUCAUAUCCCCAAACAGCAUGCUGCUAAGUAUCCUCAGACUAGGAUAGGCUCAUUGGCCCUGUGCAAUGACCGAGCAAAACUCCUAACGCUUUGUGACGACUACUCUGUACGCAAAAAUGAAUUCUUCUUCGAUCGGGACCCUGCAUUUUUCCACCAUGUUUGCCAUUUCUACACAAGCGGAGUUUUGUGGGUGAUACGUGAAAUGUGCCCCAUCAACUUUGAGGAGGAGAUCGCAUACUGGGGCCUGAGCCUGAAGGACACCCAGCUUUGCUGCUGGAUGGUGUUCCAGGAGAAGGUGGACGAUGUGAAGGACAACCUUAAAGUGGACCGGGAGCUGAUGGCUGAGAUCGAGGUCAAGUACGAUGACGAGUGUUUCAAAGAAAUGGUCUUUGGGAAUGUGCGAAAGUCGCUGUGGAACCUUGUGGAGAAUCCAUACUCUUCAAUUGUAGCUAAGGCUUUCACUGUAGUCUCCAACCUUCUUGUGCUGUUCUCCAUCUUUGCAAUGACCCUCAACACCGUGGAGGAACUUCACAUGUAUAAAAUAAACGGCAAAACGUACAUGGAAUGGGUGGAGAUCCUCACCAUUAUAUUCUUCACCUUUGAAUAUGUCAUUCGCCUUGUCACCAAUCCGAACAUUGUGAUCUUUUUGAAGAGCGGACUCAACUUUGUGGACAUGGUGGCUGUCAUGCCGUAUUUCUUCCAGAUAGUCUUCGAAGUCUUUUCUGACCAGGAGAACAUGAGCGCACAGGAGGACCUCAAGACCAUGGCUCGGGUCAGCAAACUCAGCCAGGUCCUCAAAGUCAUCAAGCUAAUGAGGAUCUUUAGGAUUUUAAAGCUUGCUCGACAUUCCACGGGCAUGAGAGCGUUUGGCUUCACCCUGCGGCAGUGUUACCAGCAGGCCUCUUGUAUUCUCCUUUUUAUUGCCAUGGGAAUCUUCACUUUCUCUGCUCUCCUUCAUUCAGCCGAGAGAGAGACUGAGGGAACUCCUAUCAGCAGUAUCCCACAUGCCUGGUGGUGGGCUGCAGUCAGCAUCUCCACUGUGGGCUAUGGGGAUGUGGUUCCUGUAACUAUCCUGGGCCGCUUUGUGGCCUUCGGCUGCAUCUCAUUCGGUAUCAUCCUCAACGGCAUGCCGAUCUCUUUCCUCUUCAACAAGUUCUCUGAUUACUAUUCCAAGCUAAAAGCCCAGGAGUACAACACCAUAUUAGUGCAGCGGCGCUUUUACCUGAAGAAGCGCCUCCGACGCAAAUUGGACAUGUGUUUUCGUCCCGCAGAGGAAGAAAGUACGGCUGACAGCCAGUGCGAGUUCCCACACAGUGAAUCUAAUGAUGAUAACUGAUGUGUGUCUUAAGUUUGAAUAUGUUAUUUGGUAAACGAAACUGAGUCUUCAUGCAUGACAAUGUGUAAAGAAGUGAGAAAAUCAACUGACUUUAAAAGCAGGUUCAAAGAGAAAGUGGACUGUUUUGCACAGAAGUUGUCACUAUCAUUCCUUUGAUUCAUCAGCCACAACUUUCUUAUAAACCAGAUCAACAGAGGGAAAGUUUCUCAGCCCUGAUGAUUAUAAGCCACGUGUUUGUAUUUUAUAUUCAAAGAACUUGUUAUUGUGCUGUAAACGAUUGGUGAGUGUCAUGAAGUCUCCACAUUUGAAAUAUACAAUCAGGUGAGCUGUGUGUCUUUAAAGUGGGCUUGGACCGGAAAAUUACUGAAUUGUAAACGAGUGCCUGUGAAUGAAUAAACAUAGAAACUGUGUGAAUGUUUUUUAUAAACAUACACUUGUGUUUCCACCAAUACUGUCACAUAUUUAACAUGAACCCAUUCUAUCAAAUGAGUGAUUAAAAAGUACUGUUGGCUGAAGUCUUUUAAAUUAAAUUAAAUGUGAUCAUCUCAAGCUCUUCAUUAUGACACUGCAGAGUUAUCAACGCUGAUUCCAACAGAUAAAAAACAUGUUUUUGUCAAAAUAGAAGUCAACACUGACAGCGAGAAACCAUUCUGUUUUUGAGAAGAUGACCUGGACAAUGAAGAGCUCCUCCACUUUUUUAAUGUUUCAGUUACAAAAAGGGUUUUUCCCCAGAGACAUGUUGGGAGGAGAGAGCAGGGGGAGGACAUGCAACAAAGGGCAGAGGUUGUAUUCACGCCCACAGCCGCUGUGAUGAGGACCGCACGGGGCAUGCGGCAUAACUGCCAGGCUUUCAGGUGCCCAAAAUUUUAUGCUGACAUUUGAUGGCUACUUUGUCAUGAUGUGGUAGAAAUCCGUUGCUUGGGGUUUCCUGUGUGAACUAUAAGAAACCUAUAGAAUAAUUUCCUGUGAUCUGACAACACUGCCUGUCUGCCCACAUGCUCAGAGAAGGGGAAAUCUUCUCCAUGUAUUCAGCCUUUGUGCAAAGCGAUUUAGCUAAUGGCAGGGUCCUGUCCUUAUUUCUACUGUGCAUGUAGGGUGGUGGUCUUUCAGUCUUUCCAACCUUCAGUAUAAUGUGAUAACUCUUCUGUGUUUUGUCCCACAGUCCCUUGAUCUAUUUUGUAUAUAUAUGUCUAAAUUAUAUCAGCUUUAAUGAACCAAUGAGUUUCUUAUGUGUGAGCAAAGCUAUACAUUCCAAUCAAGACUCCUCUACGGGGAAGUUCAUGUCAUUCAAAGAAACAUGGUGUCUAACCUGUGACAUCACAAAUCAAUCUGAUUUAAGGCUGGUCCACUGUUUUAUUUUGUCACCGUUUAGAUCACUAUUUGGGAUCUGUAAUGCACCUCAGGUGUAAAUAAAAACAAAAAACAACAACAC